AUGAUCAAGAAGAACAGCAACGUCUUUGAUGCCGGCUUUUUCGGUAUUGGCACUGUUGAAGCCAACUCUAUGGACCCACUCCAUCGAAUCUCGCUGGAAGAAUCAUAUCGAGCCCUUGAAAACGCCGGCCUGUCUCUGGAGGAUGUGGCCGGCACCAAGACGUGCGUCUUCUCAGGAUGUCUGUCCCCAGACUAUGUCACAAUCUGUCAUAAGGACACCUACGCACCAAACCAAUACCAUGCGAGCGGCUCGGCUAUCAACAUGUUGGCUAAUCGUGUGAGCUGGUGGUUUGACUUGCGAGGACCCAGUGUGACAGUAGAUACAGCAUGCUCAAGCAGCUUGAUCGCCCUUGAUCUGGCCUGUCAAAGUAUUUGGGCUGGAGACGCAACUAUGGGACUGGUUUGUGGGGCAAACAUGAUGCUCACGCCUGAGUCACAGUUGUACUUGAACAACCUUGGCAUGUUGUCCAAGGAUAGCCGGUGCUAUUCAUUUGACCACCGUGCGAAUGGCUACGGGCGCGGAGAAGGCGUUGGCGUUCUUGUUGUACAACCACUCGACGAGGCUAUCCGCGCUGGUCGCACCAUCCGAGCCGUGAUCCGGUCUACAUGUUCUAACCAGGAUGGCAAGACGCUGGGAAUCACCCAGCCGAGUAAGGAAGCACAGUACCGUUUGAUCCUCGAUACCUACGCCAAGGCGGGGCUAACAAUGGAGCAUACGCGGUACUUUGAAGCCCACGGAACCGGAACACCACUCGGCGAUCCGAUCGAAGCCGACGCCAUUGGACAGGCUUUCCGAACAUAUAGAAAUCCUCAAGAUCCAUUAUACUUAGGAUCGGUAAAGUCUAACAUAGGUCAUCUUGAGGGUGGCUCUGGCGUUGCUGGUGUGAUCAAGGCAAUCCUAGCACUCGAGAAUGGUGUCAUAGCGCCAAAUGCUGAUUUUGAGCGGCUGAAUCCUCAAAUUGAUGCCGACUAUUUGAAUAUCAAGUCAACGGUACCGCGGCUACUUGUAUGGUCAACCGCGGAUGAGGGCGGUCUCGCACGCACGAGAGAUGCUUGGCGCAACCACCCAGAACUAGUCAGCCUGUCAGCACACUUGUCCAAGGGGCGUGACUACCUUGGCGACGUGGCCUUCACAUUAGCAAAGCGGAGCCACUUUCAGUGGCGGGCUAUGGCAGUGGUAACCGGCACGGAGAGUCUUGCAGCCGUGGCAGACAUUAUGAGUGCACCGACACGGGCCGCGAUCUCGCCAAAGCUAGCUCUUAUCUUCACCGGGCAAGGAAGUCAAUGGUAUGCCAUGGGGCGUGAGCUCAUCAGCUAUUAUGCCUUGUACAAGAAAAGUCUGGUUGAUGCAGGGCUUUACUUGGCUAGCCUUGGAUGCGCAUGGCAUCCAAUAGAGGAGCUCAUGCGCUCGGAAACGGACACCAAUGUCAACAAAACACUAUAUAGUUCCCUCUGCACUAUUUUACAAGUUGCAUUGAUUGAGCUGCUACGUAGCUUUGACGUGGAGCCCGCCGCAGUUGUCGGCCAUUCUUCGGGCGAGAUUGCCGCAGCAUUCUGUACUGGUGCACUCUCUCGCGAGUCUGCAUGGAAGAUUGCAUACUACCGUGGGCUUAUGGGCUCGCGUUUAGCCAGGACCAGCACUAUCAAAGGCUCUAUGAUGGCCGUUGGCAUGACCGCAGAAGAAACUAAACACUAUAUUGAUCGAGUAACUAGCGCCCUUGGCGAGUGUCGCCUAACGGUCGCCUGUGUUAACAGUCCCUCCAGCGUCACAGUGUCUGGUGAGGAAGUCCAUAUAGACUUUCUCAAAGACUUGCUCAAUCAAAACCAGGUGUUUUGUCGUAAGCUUCGCGUUGGUGUGGCAUACCACUCUGAUCAAAUGCAAGAAAUAGCUGAUCAGUAUCUUGAGAUGAUAAGUCCCCUUAACCAGGCAGGUGACGUGAUAGCGCCGCUACGUCGCCCAGCUAUGGUGUCAUCUGUGACUGGGACUUGGAUCUCGUCCGAGGUGAUUGCUAAGCCCGAGUACUGGGUCCAAAAUCUUGUUUCACCGGUCCUGUUCGCCGAUGCGCUGGCAAUCCUGGUCCGGCCACCGGCGGAAAGCGCCUUAGAAGAACUAGACAGCCUCACCAAACGUAAGCACAUGUCUAUCAACACCCUCGUCGAGGUGGGCCCACACUCGGCGUUACAGGCUCCCAUCCGCGAUAUCUUACGAGCUAUGGACUUGGAUAGCAUUGUUGCAUACAUGUCGCUUCUUUCACGUGACGCAUCGGCGGUGCAGUCCCUUCUUGGUGCGAUGGGCCGUCUGCACUGCUUGGGCCACCAAUUGGCACUCAGCCGUGUAAAUAAAGACCAGGGCGAGGCUAUGGUGGCAGUAACAACAUUGCCACCUUACGCCUUCAACCAUUCUAAGGGGUACUGGUUUGAGAGCCGGGCUAGCCGGGGUUAUCGCCACCGCCAAUACCCUGCCCAUCCUCACUUAGGCGCACCUGAAGCCGACUUUAAUCCCCUCGAAGCUAAAUGGCGUAAGAUCAUCCGUAUCGAUGAUAUGCCAUGGGUUGAGGACCACAAGAUUAACGGCACCAUCCUAUACCCGGCGGCGGGAAUGCUAGUCAUGGCUAUUGAGGCAGCCCAUCAACUUGCCAACCCAGACAAGAUUGUCACUGCCUUCGAUAUCAAAAACGUUACCUUGCAUUCUGCUUUGAAUCUACCAUCCAACGCCGCCCCGUCAGUUGGCGUCGAGGUAAAUCUAUUUAUGCGUCCGCGGCAGGAUCAGGAUGGGAAGAAUGCCGGAUGGUUCGACUUCCGUCUGUGCACGUACGACGACGAGACGCGUACCUGGUUCGAAAACUGUAAUGGAUCCAUCCAAGUGCUGUAUGAGCUAGAUAAAGACGACACCAAUAGCACAAUGGGCAUCAAUAGGGGCCGCGAGGAUCGCUUAUGGCGCGCCAGCAUGUGUCGCGAGUACCAUAGCAUGACGGCAUCAUGUUCAACUACACUCGAGAUAGACAAGUUCUACGCCCAGUUGUCUGAGUGGGGUUUCCACUAUGGUCCAGCUUUUCGUGACAUGACGACAGUGGCCUCCGAUGGCCAGGGCGGGGCGGUCAUUGAGGUGAGGACAUUCGAGCCGCCAGUGGGAACCGCGUAUGCCGAGCACAUUAUACAUCCCGCAAGCCUGGACUGCAUCUUCCAAUUGAUCAUCGUUGCCAUGACAAAUGCGGGCACUGUUAAGUUGGUGACGGGCAUUCCCACCCAUUUUGACCGCAUCUGGAUUUCAGCUACCGGGCUCAGCUUUCCUGGUGCUCGGUCCAUCAAAGCCUAUGGAAGGGCCAAGCGUCUUGGACUUCGGCAGACAAAAACGUCUAUUGGGGUUGUUGAUGCAUCAGGAAACCAUGCACUCCUCAAAAUUGACGGCUUUGUGGCCACAGAUAUCUCGCGAUCUAUAGACGAUGACACAACCGAGCAGACAAGACCUUCCACCAUUGAUCCUUUAUGCCACAUCAUUCAGUGGAAGCCCGAUCCCGACAUGCUAUCCGAUGUGCAGAUCAAGCAGCUCUGUGUCGAUGAAAAUACCAUUGCCCCUGACUCAGCCGUAUUUGAGAGUCAGCUUGACCUCCUAGCAACUGCAUACCUCAGACGCGUGUUGAACAGCCUCAACCCCAAGACAGAGGCAUUGCUUAUGGACAAUCCUCGCUCUAAGUUAUAUCUCGAAUGGAUGCGACGAUGGUUACAUUCGAAACAAGCAGAUCAAGAUUCAGCGAGACAUCUAGUCGACAACCCGCUUAUUGACCAGUUAGCUGCCAGAGUAGCCGCAACUAACACACUUGGUGCAUUAUAUACAACCAUUGGUGGCGAUUUGCUACGCCUUCUCCAAGCCACAGAAGAAGACGCGCAGGAAUUGGUCCAAACCUAUUUUUCAGAACUGUGGUCUUCAAUGCCGGGUAUAGCGCACUUCGGAUCACUUCUCGACGCCAUCGUACACAAAAACCCUGAUGGGCGUAUCCUCGAAGUGGGUGCCGGCACUGGCGCUGCGACGCAAAACUUAAUGAGUAUACUUGCCCUGGAGGACAUGCCAGCUCGCUUCAGUGUUUUCGACUAUACCGACGUUGAUUCCUCCUUUCUCACCGCAGCGCAGGAGAAGUACCAGCACUUUGGGGCAAAAAUGCGAUUCAGAAAAUUGGACAUUGAAGCAGAUCCCGAAGUUCAGGGAUUCGAAGCAGCCACAUAUGAUAUAAUUGUAGCGACAGCUGUUUUGCGCACUACCGUGGACCCAGCCAAGGCGUUGAAACAUUGCCGAGCACUUCUGAAGCCGGGGGGUAAGCUGAUCAUAUGGCACCCUACGCGUUCAAAUGCAAUGACUCGGGCACCCUUUGUCGCGGGCCUAUUGAAAGACUGGUGGAGUAAUUGGGGAACAGGUCACGAACCUCUAGACGAGGCUGCUUUAAGCCAGCUACUUGCCUCCACUGGCUUUGGUCAAAAACAAACUGUCAUACCAGGCUUGAGCAGCGCUAUUAUGCAUGACUUCAGCAUCGUUAUAUCCACGGCUGUUGAAUUAUCUCAGCCUCCAGCUAAGCUGUUACUGCCUACUGUGGAGGUGAAAAUUAUACAUGACCCAGAGCAACGCCAGGCUGCACUAGAGUUGCAACGGUAUCUCAUGGCAAACGCGCAAUACGCAAGUAAAGUGCUAAACUUGGAUGAGGCAGGUGUCAGAGAGAUUAUGCCGGACAAAAGUAUCUUAAUCUUCCUCUUAGAGCUUGCCCAGCCGGUGUGGUAUGGUAUCGCUCGCAAAAAGUUUUUGCAUCUCCGAAACCUCCUUUCAACAGCACACAAAGCCAUUUGGGUCCAGAAGGGAGCCGAAGUCUUGCCCCAUUUCCGUCUCAUUGAGGGAGUGUCGCGGGUUCUUAAUUCGGAGCUCAACAUGGCAGCACUCACCUUGCUUAGACUUGAAGACAAGGGCAGCAUGCUGGAGACAAUGCAAAUGGGCCAUAUAUUGCAGCUAUGCCAACAAAAACUGGAGUCAGACGAUAUUGACACCGAGUAUGUUGAGCGAGACGGUAUACUGCAUAUCCCGCGUCUUGUGUCUCGUUUCAAGCUCAAUGAGCAGAUCGAAAUGCGCCUACGUCCCCGUCGACGCGUCACUCGGCCUUGGCAUGCCAAAAACCAUGUUCCCCUGCGAUUAACUAUUGGCUCGCCAGGCUUACUAAAUACACUGCACUGGGCUGAGGACACAGAGAACACGCCGCAUGCUGGACCACUAGGUGACACAGACGUGGAGCUUCGUGUGCACAAUGUGGGCCUCAACUUCCGUGAUCUACUGAUGGUGCUGGGUCGCGUCAACCACUCGGGCAUCGGGAGCGAUGUAGCUGGCAUCGUGACGCGCCUCGGGGCGGGAUGUCAAGGACUACAAGUGGGCGAUAGAGUGACAGCUUGCCGUAUGGACUCAUUCCGUUCCUUGGUGCGUUGUCCACGCGCCCAUGUUGUCAAGAUCCCAGACAGCAUGUCCCUGACAGAGGCCGCGUCCCUUCCCACGACCUUUGUCACAGCAUGGCAGUGCUUGAAUGACAGAGCGCAUCUUUGUGCAGGAGAAACAGUGCUGAUCCACUCCGCAGCGGGAGGGACAGGGCAGGCUGCCGUACAGGUCGCACAGUGUCUGGGUGCCAACAUCAUCGCGACAGUUGGCUCUGAGGACAAAAGAGAGCUUCUAGUUGAGCGAUAUGGUAUUGAUCCAGACCACAUUCUAUCAAGCCGCGAUACAUCAUUUUCCCGGGGCGUAAUGCGUUUAACUGGCGGUCGCGGCGUCGAUGUUGUCCUAAACUCACUUUCUGGAGAAGGCCUCGUCGCAUCAUGGGAGUGUAUUGCCCCAUUUGGACGCUUCAUUGAGAUUGGUAAGAAGGACAUCAUUGCUAGCAACGAACUACCUAUGGCUCAGUUUUUGCACAAUGUGUCAUUCAGCGCUUAUGACUUGUCUGAGAUGCUAUUGAAUCGUGCAGAACAUGCCGGCGCAGCCCUCCACCAAGUUAUCGAACUGAUCGGGCAGAAGAAGAUGAGCCCUGCUCACCCAUUGCAUGUUUUUAGCGCAGGCGAGGUUGAAAAGGCUUUUCGUGCGCUGCAAUCUGGAAAGACCAUAGGUAAGAUUGUAGUCGAGUUUCGAUCCGAUGAACACAUUGAGGCCUUGGUCGAGACGAAGAUGAGCCUGUGCUUGGAUUCCACUGCAGCCUAUGUUAUUGCUGGCGGACUCGGAGGUCUUGGCCGUGCAAUUUCUCGCUGGUUAGUUAGCCAUGGAGCGCGGACUCUAAUAAUCCUCUCGCGCUCUGCCGGGUCCAAAGAAGCCGAGGCUCAAGAACUUAUCAGGGAGUUACGUGGCCGGGGCGUCAGAAUUGAGACUCCUCUUUGUGAUAUUAGUGACCCUAAUGCUAUCAGUGCUGCUCUCUGCGCAUAUCCAAGUAUGCCAGUCAUCAAAGGCUGCAUCCAAGCGUCCAUGGUUUUGCGCGACGCCGCCUUUGAGUCCAUGUCAUUCAACGCCUGGCAAGAGUCCAUUGCAAGCAAAGUCGCAGGGACGUGGAACCUCCAUGAAGCAUUGCCGCGAGGAAUGGAUUUCUUCAUCAUGCUCUCGUCGGUGGCUUCAACGGGCGGAACUCGCGGUCAAGCCAACUACGCCGCUGGCAAUGCAUUCCAGAGCGCAGUUGCCCAGUACCGGAUCACCUCUGGUGAGCGAGCCACAGCCCUGGCCCUCGGACCCUUCUUUGAUGUUGGCGUCAUGACCAAUAACGAAUCCUUGCAAAGCCGUUUCAACGGAGCAAGUGGUGUGACUGAAACAGAACUGCUUGCUCUCUUGGACUACUACUGUGAUCCUACCAGACCAGCGGAUCAUGGUGACUGUGAGCCAACGGUGAUGCGUUUUGUGCCGGAGAUAGAAAACAGCAGGCUUGCCUAUAUCAUGCACAAACCCAUGUUCCGUGGCAUCAAGGCGGCGGAGAUGACUAGUGACGCAUCCGUAGACGUCAAUAAAGCAGCAGUUAUCAAUAGCCGCGUCGAUUUUACCCGCUUCUUUGCGACAAAGCCAACAGCAGCCGAAGCUGCCAGCACUGUGAGCGAGGCACUGGCAGCUAAGCUUGCCGAUGUUAUGGCCUUAUCGCGGGAUGAAAUUGACAUAAAAGCGCCAAUCCGUAGCUUCGGCGUAGAUUCUCUUGUCGCCGUCGAGAUCCGCAACUGGCUGAGCAAGGAGGUUCGAGCUGACGUGGCCAUAUUCGACAUUUUGGAGGCGACCUGUACGGAGGCUCUAGGUGCUGCGGCUGUUGGGAAGAGUAGUUAUUUUGCAUAG